AUGGACACACGCCAACUCUUUGGAUUUGCUGUCACUGGUGCGACGGGAAUGUCGUAUUCGUCUCCUUACCGGACUGUUUCCUCGGUGGUGCCUGACAGGCUAUUAGGCUCACUGAUGUUUGAGACAGCAGGGAAUUCAGUAGCUAGCUCACCAUAUUCUUCACAUCAGUUUGAUAGUGAAACAGUUAGUUCCAUGAGCGACAGCCAGGAGCAACUCAGCUCUGCACAGUCUCUCUCUGGAUGCAGCCAAUCUGGGGGUAACUCUUCUUCUGAAUCCAACAGUAACUUCCAUCGUUCCUCGCGAACCAGUCUCCAGCUCUUUCCUUGUUCAGAAUCUACCUCGCAAGAUGCGCGUUCUAGCCCUGACAUGAAACAUGCGUUGGAGCAAUUGGAGACUGCUCUCAUGGGACCUGACGAGGACAUGGCUGAACCUAGUGAUUACCACGGUGAAAGUGAUCAACCACAGACACCGGCUCAAGAGACUAGGGCAUGGAGCCAAGAGGACCAGCACCAGGGUUCUCAUGUCAUCCAGCCUCAGCCCAUGUUCAUCUCACGCCCCCGGCAAUCAGAAGGUGGUGGUCCUGUUGAGAAGCGCCAUAAAGCAGUAAUGCAAGAAGAUGCAACUUUACAAAGUUCUCAACCCAGCAAUUUGGAGAAAUUGUUGAUUGCCUGUGCCAAGGCUCUUGCUGAAAACAACAUGACUGGUUUUGAAUGCCUUGUGGAGAAGGCUAGAGGUGAGGUCUCCAUCACAGGGGAACCAAUCCAGCGCCUUGGUGCUUACCUGGUAGAGGGGUUGGUGGCAAGGGAGCAAUCGUCAGGAAAUAAAAUCUACCGUUCCCUCAAGUGUAGGGAGCCCGAAAGCAAGGACUUGCUAUCUUACAUGCAGGUUCUGUAUGAAAUCUGCCCUUACCUCAAGUUCGGUUACAUGGCAGCCAAUGGAGCUAUUGCUGAAGCUUGCAGGAAUGCCACACAGAUACACAUAAUUGAUUUCCAGAUCGGUCAAGGGACACAAUGGAUGACCCUUCUUCAGGCUCUAGCAGCCAGACCAGGGGGAGCUCCACAUGUGCAUAUCACUGGUAUUGAUGACCCUCUCAAUAAGUAUGCUCGUGGUGGGGGCUUGGAAGCAGUUGAGAGGAGAUUGGCAGCACUCUCUGGGAAAUUCAACAUCACAGUGGAGUUCCAAGGCCUGCCAGUUUUUGCCCCAGAUGUAACCCGAGAGAUGCUUGAUAUCCGGCAAGGUGAGGCAUUGGCUGUGAACUUGCCGUUGCAGCUGCACCACACUCCAGACGAGAGUGUGGAUGUGAACAACCCUAGGGACGGGCUUAUUCGAAUGAUUAAGUCCCUCAAUCCCAAGGUCACCACUCUUGUGGAACAAGAAUCGAACACCAAUACGACUCCUUUCCUGAACAGGUUUGGGGAGACUCUGGAGUACUAUUUGGCCAUAUUUGAGUCGAUUGAUGUGACCCUUGCAAGGGACAGGAAGGAGCGUAUUGGGUUGGAGCAGCAUUGCUUGGCUAGGGACAUGGUGAAUGUGAUUGCAUGCGAGGGGAGGGAACGGGUGGAAAGACAUGAACUGUUCGGGAAGUGGAAGUCUAGGUUCACAAUGGCUGGGUUUAAGCAGUACCCUUUGAGCUCCUAUGUCAAUUCCGUGAUCAAGAGCUUGCUUAAGUGCUACUCCAACCAUUAUACUUUGAUUGAGAAAGAUGGAGCCAUGUUAUUGGGUUGGAAAGACAGAAACCUGAUCUCUGCUUCCGCCUGGUACUAA